GGUCUGGCAACUACAGCAGAGGCAGAUACGGCUUCAAAACCCGUAGAAGGAGUCCUCCGCGAGCGCACCAGCAACAUAGUGACACGGUCAAAUGAAUAUCUGAGGGAUACACCUGACCACCUGUAGGAAAAGUAACUUCAGAUCAGCUGGCAACAUGGGGCUGAUGGGGACACUUAUGGCUGUCCUCACCAUCACAUCAUGUUUUGUCGCCAGUGGUGCCCAGAAAACAGUGUGUACCACAGAGGCUGUGGCUGACAUUGUGUUCCUGGUGGACGGGUCCUGGAGCAUUGGGUCGGAGAAUUUCCAGCAGGUCCGGACCUUCCUCGUCUCAUUGGUGGACAGCUUCGAUGUGGGUCAAGACCAGGUCCGGAUUGGCAUGGUCCAGUAUAGCACUAGCCCCCACACCGAAUUCCACUUGAAUACCUACAACAACAAAGAGAGGAUUCUGAAGCACAUCCAAGACAUGCCCUACAGAGGCGGUGGCACCAAGACUGGACUGGGCCUCGAGUUCAUGCUCGCUGAACACUUUGUGGACCAGGCAGGCAGCCGGGCCAGCAAGGGGGUCCCGCAGUACGCAGUGGUCAUAACAGACGGUCAGUCCCAGGACAACGUAAAGCAGCAAGCAGAGGCGGUGAAGAGGCGUGGCAUCACGCUGUACGCCAUCGGCAUCAAGGAUGCUGUGCUGGAUGAGCUGCAGGAGAUUGCCAGUGACCCUGAUGAAAAGCAUGUCUACAGUGUGUCAGAUUUUGCAGCGCUUCAAAGUGUCUCCCAGAGUGUCAUCCAGGUGCUCUGCACCACUGUGGGGGAAGCCAAUCGCCAGGUCAUCCAGGUGUCCCAGGAGUGCAGAAAUGCCACAGUGGCAGACAUUGUGUUUCUCGUGGACGGCUCCUCAAGCAUUGGCCCUGAGAACUUCCAGGAAAUGAGGAAUUUUCUCAGAGCCUUUGUAGAUGGCUUAGAUGUUGGGAGUAACAGGGUGAGAGUGGGGCUGGCUCAAUUCAGCAACGAGCCGUACCAGGAGUUCCUGCUGGGGGAGCACACAGAGAAGAGGGUCCUCUUGGAGCAGAUAGACAAUUUGGUAUAUAGGACUGGGGGCACCUACACAGGCAAGGCACUCAGCUUCCUCAAGUCGACUUACUUUACUGAUGCCGGGGGCAGCCGGGCAAACCAGAAUGUCCCACAGAUCGCCGUGGUGAUCACCGAUGGCAACUCCUCAGACAAUGUCACGAUGCCUGCCCGGGAGCUCAGGAGGCAGGGUGUUGUGAUCUUUGCCAUCUGCAUUGGGACUGCGGACAGCAAUGAGCUCAAGCAGAUCGCCAACAGUCCGCAUGAGCAUUUCCUGGUCAGCAUCGACAACUACCAGGCCCUGCAGAAGUUGACAGAGAGUUUACUGCGGACCGUGUGUGUCUCUGUGGAAACACAAAUACAAGCCUUAGCCCCAAGAUUUGCUGAUGUGUUCGUCCUGGUGGACAGCUCAGCGCAGUCGGAGAUUUCACAGGUGAAGAACAUCCUGAUCCGACUAGUCAACCAGCUCAAUGUUGGCAUUGAUGCACACCGGAUUGGCCUGGCACAGUUCAGCUCUGACACCAAAGUGGAGUUCCUGCUCAACAGGUACCAGACCAAGGAGGAGGUCCUGGCCCAUCUGAGGACCCAGCUCCGGCUGCGACCUGGGAGAGACCGCCAGCUCGGCCGGGCCCUGGAGAACGCCCGUAUGAAUUUCUUCACCACAGCCGCAGGCAGCCGCAUUGACGAGGGCUUCCAGCAGUUCCUUGUGGUCAUCACUGCUGGGCAGUCACAGGACAGUGUUAUGAGGGCCUCACACCUUACCAGGGCUGAGGGUAUAACAGUUAUUUCUAUCGGGCUUCCCCGAGCCAACAGGCAGGAGCUACAGCAAGUCGCCACGUUGCCCUAUGUAUACCAGACGUCAACGCAAGGUAUCGGAGGGAUACCUCAGGAGGUGAAAGGGGUCAUCGAAUCCAAGCAAGCUUAUCUGGGGCUGGCCACAGGCCCUUCAGAUUGCAGGUCUGCCAGUAUGGCUGACAUCGUCUUCAUUGUGGAUGAAUCUGGUAGCAUCCAGGCCAGUAACUUCAAUCUGGUGCGCACAUUCAUUCAUCGCAUAGUAGACGGCUUAGAUGUUAGCCCGAAGAAAGUGAGAGUGGGGAUUGUCCUCUACAGCGACUCCCCCGAGGCAAAGGUCUACUUGAACUCUUUUGAGGAGAAGGGUGAAUUGCUGCAGUUCAUAAAAAUUCUGCCAUAUCGAGGGGGUGGGACUCGGACCGGUGCCGCCUUGAACUUCACCCGUGAGAACGUGUUCACAAAGAAUGCAGGGAGCCGGCAGGACAAGGGUGUGCAGCAGGUGGCUAUUGUCAUCACAGAUGGGAAGUCCCAGGAUGAAGUGGAGAUUGCGGCGGCAGCCCUGCGCCGCUCAGGGGUGACCAUUUACGCUCUUGGGGUGAAGGACGCUGACCACAGCGAGCUGGUACAGAUCGCCUCCUAUCCCCCAAGAAAGCACGUCUUCACUGUAGACAGCUUUGCCAAAUUGAAUACCCUGGAGAAAAGCCUCCAGAAGCUGCUGUGUUACAACAUCAUCCGAACAGCCUUCUCAGUCCCUGUUAGGAGACUGAAUCUAAAAAAAGGAUGUGUUCAAACGGAGGAAGCUGAUAUCUACUUUCUGAUUGAUCAUUCUGGGAGCAUCUAUCCGCGUGACUUCCAAGACAUGAAGAAGUUCAUCCUGGAGUUUAUACAAAUGUUCAGGAUUGGGCCUCAUCAGGUUCGGGUAGGAGUGGUGAAAUUUGCAGAUGCUCCUACGCUGGAAUUCACACUUAACCAGUACACCGACAGCAAGUCCCUUGAGAGAGCUGUGGAUAAUGUCCGGCAGGUGGGUGGAGGGACAGAGAUUGGGCGGGCACUGACCUAUAUGGGCCCGCUCUUCAAGAAAGACAAAAGGGACCCGAAGGUGCCUGAGUUUCUUAUUGUCAUCACUGAUGGUGAAUCCACUGAUGAGGUCAUACAGCCAGCCAAGGAGCUGCGAGACCAGGGUAUCAUCAUCUAUGCCAUCGGGGUCAAGGGUGCCAAUGAGUCAGAGCUGCUGGAGAUCGCCGGCUCUCCUGAAAAAAAGUUCUUUGUCAACAACUUUGAUGCUCUCAAACCCAUAAAAGAUGAAAUUGUCACAGAUAUCUGCUCUGAAGAGGCUUGUAAAGACAUGGAAGGGGACAUACUGUUUUUAAUUGACAGUUCCGGGAGCAUUGAUCCUUCUGACUACUGGAAGAUGAAGAAUUUCAUGCAGAAUAUGGUGGAAAAAUCAGCCAUAGGUCUGGACAAAGUUCACGUGGGCGUCCUGCAGUUUAGCGUCAAUCAGCAACCGGAGUUCCCAUUGAACAGGUUCUAUGACAAAGCAAACAUGAGACAGGCCAUCAGUGAUAUGCAGCAGCUGGGUGGGGGGACCCUUACGGGAGCUGCGCUAUCCUUCGCCUCGCAGUACUUCGACCCGUCCAGGGGUGGACGUCCAAACGUAAAGCAGUUCCUGAUCGUGAUCACUGAUGGAGAGGCCCAGGAUUUGGUGGCCAAGCCAGCAGAGGCGCUGAGACAGAAAGGGGUGAUCAUCUAUUCCAUUGGAGUGGUCAACGCUAAUAACUCCCAGCUGCUGGAGAUCAGUGGCCACCAGGAAAGGGUCUUCUCUGAGAGGAACUUUGAUGCCCUGCAGUUCAUUGAAAAAGAAAUCCUAUUCAAAAUCUGCCACCCUGUGACAGAAUGCAAGAGAACAGAGGUGGCUGACAUGAUCUUCUUGGUGGAUGGCUCCAGUAGCAUUGAUCAGAGCCAGUUCCAGAGCAUGCGCAAGUUCAUGACCUCCAUGGUGAACAACACAAAUGUGGGCCAGAACCUUGUCAGGUUUGGGGCUAUCCUCUACUCUGACUCAGCCCAAACCAGCUUCACACUGAACAGAUACCACACCAAGAGGGAUGUGCAGAAGGCUGUUGCUGACCUGCAGGCACCAGGUGGAAACACCUACACAGCCUUGGCCCUACAAUACUCUGUGGCCUACUUUGAGGCGCCUCAUGGUGGUCGUGCAGCCGAGGGUGUCCCUCAGAUUUUAAUGGUAAUCACGGACGGGGACGCCACUGAUGCAGUGGCUCUUCCAGUGUCAGCUAGGGCGGUGAAGGAGAAGAACAUCACAAUUUAUGGUAUCGGAGUGGCAGGUGCCAACAGGCAGCAGCUGGAGGUCAUGACUGGGGAUCCGAAGAAGGUCUUUUAUGUGGACAGUUUUCAGGCCUUGGAGGUACUUUACAAAAACCUCUCAAAUGUGCUGUGCCAGGACACUAAACCAGUGUGUGACAAACAGAAGGCGGAUUUGGUCAUUCUUAUGGAUGGCUCCACUAGCAUUGGGAACACUGAAUUUGAGACCAUGAAGAAGUUCAUGUCAGAGCUGGCAGCCAGUUUCCGAAUUAGCCAGGAGUAUGUGAGGAUUGGGAUGGCCCAGUUCAGCAGUAACCCACAAAGAGAGUUCUUCUUGAAUCAGUACGACAGCAUAAGUAGUGUCAAGGACAACAUCAUGGCUGUGAAGCAGAUCGGAGGGGGCACAUACAUUGGCAAAGCACUUGAAUUUGUGCAGCGGUUCUUCCAGCCCUCCACCGGUAGUCGGAUCAAUCAGGGGGUGUCCCAGAAUCUUUUGGUGCUCACGGAUGGGGACUCCCAGGACGAUGUGGAGGAUGCAGCUGACUUGUUGAGGGCUAUGAACAUCAAUGUGUUCGUCAUUGGAGUGGGGCGGAUCCAUGCCUUCGAGCUGCUGCAGAUUGCCGGGUCUCAGGACAGGUUCUUCACAGUUCAGAACUUUGCUGGCCUGGAGAAUAUCAAGAAGAAAGUGGUGGAAACAGUAUGCAGAGAGCAGGCGGACACAGAAAGCUGCUCUAUUGACAUCGCCGUCGGGUUCGACAUCUCCCGCAGGAUCCGGUCGGAUUCACUUUUCAACGGUCAGCAGAAGCUCCAGGUGUACCUGCCAGAGAUCGUCCGCUACAUGUCCUCCCUAGACGACCUCUGUUGUGCCGCUGGCAGCAGCAUCAAGACCAACAUCGGCUUCCUGGUAGCAGGCCAGGAUGGGAGGGUCAUCGAUGACUUUGGCUUUGAGCUGUACAAUAAGGAUGUGGUCAGGAAGGUGAUGGCUGUGCGGACCCCUGAGCCCACCUUCUUUAAUGUGAAGCUGCUCCAGGCCUUUGCCAAGAAGUUCCAAACACAGUCCCGUGCUGGCGUGAAGAUCAUAAUCAUAUUCUCUGACGGGAUUGAUGACAUGGUGGAGAACCUUGAGGCAGAAUCCGACCGCCUCAGGGCACAAGGAAUCCAUGCAUUGCUGGUUGUGGGUCUGGAAGGAGUCCAAUAUGCCAAAGAACUUCAGAUGAUUGAAUUUGGGAGAGGUUUUGGCUACAAACAGCCCCUGUCCAUCGGCAUGCAGAAUGUAGCCAGUGUCAUGUUAAAGCAAAUCGAUACUGUGACAGAGAGGGAAUGCUGCAACGUAAUGUGUAAGUGUUCGGGUCAGGAGGGAGUUCGAGGCCCCAGGGGUCCCCCGGGGACCAAGGGCUUGCCAGGACCAAAGGGGCACCCUGGAUUCCCUGGAGAAGAAGGAGGGAUUGGGGAGAGAGGUCCACCAGGACUCAACGGGACACAAGGGUUACAGGGCUGUCCUGGCAAUAGAGGAAUCAAGGGAUCGAGAGGCUAUCGGGGCAAUAAUGGAGAAGAUGGAGAGCACGGGCUAGAUGGUGUGCAUGGAGAACAGGGUGUGACUGGAUUGGCAGGCCCUCCGGGAGAUAGAGGAAAUCCAGGCAGCCCAGGCCACAGUGGCAUCAGAGGGGAGCCUGGGGUCAGAGGUCAGCCUGGUCUGAGGGGCGACCCCGGGGAGCCUGGAGUGGAUAACACAGUCCGUGGUCCACGGGGGGAGAGUGGAAACCCAGGGAUACAGGGAAAUGCGGGACCAGAAGGAGCUCCUGGAGAGAGCGGUGUUGGGGGAAACAGAGGUCCUCAAGGCAGAAGAGGUCCACCUGGUGUCAAGGGAGAGAAGGGGGAGCCAGGAGCGUCGGGGCUGUUGGGGAACCCUGGGCCCGCUGGGCCACAGGGAGAAAGAGGACCCAGGGGUCUUCCUGGACCAAUUGGCUCUCUUGGUCUUCCUGGACCACAGGGGCGACCGGGUGAUGCAGGUGGCAAAGGUUCCCCUGGGAGUCGAGGGUCCAAAGGCCAGAAGGGUCAGCCAGGAGACAGUGGAGAGAAAGGAGCGGUUGGACCGCUGGGUUCCAGGGGAAUGCCGGGCCUUGAUGGUAGAGAUGGUUAUGGAAUGCCUGGACCAAAAGGUUUGAAGGGAGAGCCAGGUUUCCCAGGUUACCCUGGACUACAGGGGGAGGAUGGAUUUGCAGGAGAAAAAGGAAGUCCAGGACAAAAAGGAAACCGUGGUAGAGGGGGGAACUCUGGUAGGGCAGGUGCACCAGGUGACCCCGGAUCCCCAGGACCUCCAGGACACCUGGGGCCCAGGGGACCAGCUGGACUCAGAUCAAUGUCUGCCUGUCAACUAGUCAAUUAUGUCAGAGACAACUGUGCUUGCUCCCUUGGUCGGACCGAAUGCCCAGCUUACCCAACAGAGCUGGUGAUUGCCCUGGACAUGUCAGAGGACGUGACCCCGCAGAUCUUUGAAAGAAUGCGCACGGUUGUCCUGACCCUGCUGGAGGAUAUUUCCAUUGCAGAGAGCAAUUGUCCCACAGGGGCCCGGGUGGCUGUUGUCUCCUACAGCUCCAACACCAAGUACCUGAUCCGCUUUUCUGACUACCACCGCAAGAAGCACUUGAUUGAGGCGGUCAAAAACAUCCCUCUGGAGAGAACUUCAAACCGGAGGAACAUCGGGGCGGCCAUGCGGUUUGUAGGCCGAAACGUGUUCAAGCGAGUGCGCCAAGGCGUGCUGAUGAGGAAGGUGGCGGUCUUCAUCACCAACGGGCCAUCGCAGGAGGUGACCCCCAUCACCACAGCUGUGCUGGAGUUCAAGGCCAUGGACAUCACUCCAGCUGUCAUUGCCUUCAGGAAUGCUCCCAACGUUCGCCGUGCUUUUGAGAUUGAUGAAACUGGGACCUUUUCACUCACUGUCAUGGGAAGAACGCAGGAUAUCAGAGCUGAGCUGAGGCAGAUCCAGCAGUGCGUCGUCUGCUAUGACCCCUGCAGUCCCGCAGAGGCUUGCCGAGGUAUCAACCUAGUGCCAGUGCCUCAGGACGUGGAUGUGGACCUGGCGAUGGUGGUGGAUGGUUCACGCAACGUGCAGUCAGAUCAGUACGAGGGCAUGAAGCAGCUCCUCGGCUCUUUCCUGGACCAGAUCGCCAUCAGCAGUCAGCCUGGUCAGUCUAACAGGCAGGCCAGGUUGGCACUGGUGCAACACAGCGUGUCCAGCUACCCGCCCAGGGACGGCCAGAUACCAGUGAAGGUGGAGUUUGACCUCCUGCGCUACCAGAACCGCAAUGUGAUGAAAAGGCACAUCCUCCAGGACAUGCAACAAAUCGGGGGUGCCUCGGCGCUAGGCCACGCCGUGGAGUGGACCAUCCGCAACAUCAUGCUCAAGACUGCCAAGCCUCGCAAGGCCAAGAUGGUCCUGGCUAUCAUUGGAGGGGAGACCAGCCAGUGGGACAGAGCCAAGCUGCAGGCCAUUGCACAGCAGGCGAAGUGUCAGGGAAUCGUGCUCUUCACCCUCACUGUGGGCGACGAAUUCAACAGCGCGCAGGUGGAGGAGCUGGCCAGCUUCCCCCUCGAGCAGCACAUUGUCCACUUAGGUUAUGUAAAGCAGGGUGAGCAGGAGUAUGCCCAGCGGUUCCUGAGAAGCUUCCUGUACAUGUUGAACAGAGGAAUGAAUACAUAUCCUUCACCCACCCUUCGAAGGCAAUGUGAAAGUGUAACGCUUCUGACUGGCCAGGGAGAGGCGCUAGAAGGCCAGCGCAUUGACAGAGUCCCAGCACCCAGUGUUCCUGUACCAGAAGAAGAAGUGGUGGUGGAGGAGGAGGAGGAGGAGGAGGAGGAGGAGGAGGAGCAGGUGGAAGAGGAGGAGGAUCUGACAGAGGAGCCACCUGUUGACAUCACGCCAACCAUUGUGGAGGAAACAGGAGAAGGGGGCCAGCAGAGCACAGGACGCGGGGAUGAGAACGGGUUCUCCACACGCAUUGCCCAGUGCCACUUGGACAUGGACCGCGGUACCUACUGUGGGGAAUAUGUGCAAAGAUGGUACUUUAAUAAUGCGAUCGGUGCAUGCUCGCCCUUCUGGUACGGCGGUUGCGACGGUAACAGCAACAGGUUUAAUACGGAAAACGAAUGCUUCCAGACGUGUGGCUAUUACAUGCCUACAGUUCUCCAGGGGACAGAAGACAUUGCUAAAGCUGUGUGCAACCUGAGGCAGGAGGAGGGGAACUGUCAGAACUACACCCUCAAAUGGUACUUUGACACAGAGCAGAGCGAGUGCUCCCGCUUCUGGUACGGCGGCUGCGGAGGGAAUGGCAAUAGGUUCGAGACCCAAGAGGAGUGUGAGACGCUCUGCAUAAACGUGCGAUAGAAUGGCCCCCUGCAGGCGGAUUGAUUUUAUUCAAGGAACGGGCAUCCAAAAACUUUGCUGGAGGAGUGCCUCUGUGGAUGUCCUGUAUGGAUUAUAAUGGUUUGUUUUUUUCAGAAGCAGAAUAUUGUCAAGGAAGAUGGUUAUGGGAGUAAAGGUGGUAUUUUCUUCAUUUUCUCAGUUAUGUGUUUUCAAAGCCCAAGUCAGUUUCCAAAACUAGACACUUCCCAUGGUCAAAAAUCUGAUUUGUUCGAUAGUGUGGACUUUGUCUUAACAUUUUCAGCACCCUAACACAAUUAAGGGAAUGAAGAAGAGUGCAGUGAAAAAUCAUAUAAUGACCAUUUGAUUGCAAUCAGUGUUAUAAUCUGAGACAAAUUACUUUAAAAAUGUUUUCGUGAUGUUGCUUUCUACAAAGAUAUUACAAAUCUGAAGGAAAAAUAUAAUGUAAUUAAUAUUUUUAUAGAUAUAUUGACAUAUCAUGUUGAGAAAUAUUGUACUGUUUAUCACAAAAUGGAUAAAUCUUUGACUGGAAUGAGUAUAUUCCGCAAACAAGAGUCAUCAACUGCUGCUUUCAUGUUCAUGAUUGAUAAAGGAUCAGCUUGGCUCAGUUCCGCAAUUCAGUUGAAAACACUUAAAAAGAAAUAAAAUUCAAAAAAUAAAACAUAAGAUUAUUCUGUAAAUAGAAUAAAGGUUUGAUUAAAUAUCUGAAGACCAAGUAAAUCCUUACAUCACAUGUGACCAGUAUUAAGGGCUGUCACACUGGCCAAAUGUAUCAAAUGCUAAAAGCACAGUUUUGCCACAGUAGAAACUCUUAAGAAAUGUGAGGAAACAACUGACAAGUUUAUGCACAUUCAGGUUUUAAUUAUAUGAGGGAAUAAAACAUUGCAGUUUUGCAUUUUGGUGCUUCUGAUUCAGUCUUAAGUGCAUGUAUUUAACCUGAUGUAACCUGUUUUCACGUUUUGCUGGUGUGAAUAGCCUGUUACACUAUCUGCUGUCAGAGGUGUUGGCUGACAUCAGGGAUUUAUUGAAACAGGGCUGAACCAUCCAUCUGUUGCAUUUGUGUUUCUGACUGUUAGAAAUCUUCAUCUUCAUUUUUGGUGCUGUAAUCAAAAAUAAAUGUAUCAGAAUGUGGAUAUCAAAGCUCAGACAUUGUGCACAUUGAAUGAUGAAGAGAUUGGAUAGCUGUAAAUGUGUAACCUCACUUUAUAUUUUCCUGAAUCUGAGGCAAAUGUCAUUUAAUGUAUAUUUUUGCUUGGGGGUUUCCAUGGGUGGCAAUCCAACAAAAAGACAUAAAUCUUGAGUUCCAUGUGUACCUGUGAAUUCUGUUAAUGUGGUGUCUCUUAUCCACUGUUUUCUCUUCUUCUUCAUUCAGUCUCAAGAAAGUAAAUUGUGUCUUCUUCCAAAUGUUGUGUAACUGUAAGAUACGACACAGGUGAGACUAUCACACAGGAAUAUGAAUGUUUGGAAAGGCUGCUUUAAUCUCCUUACAAAAGUAGUGGAAAAACAUCUCUGGAUACUGUUGUUCCAUCUCAAAUGCAGUCAUUAAGGGCAGAAUAAACCUAAAAUUCA